UUCAAAUAAAUUCUUUCACAAUAUCUGAAAUUUAAAAAAAUGUAUGGCAUCUGCUAUUGAUUAUAUGACCACAAAAUAGGAACAUACCAAUACAUCUGCAAGAAAACAGUGCAGGAUUAAUCAGUAUUGGCAUUUUAUGAAAUAUAAGAUUCAAUCAAGAGGAAUUGGUAAAAGCCAGUUUAAUGUUUGUCGUGACAUUUACAUUAUUUCCGUAAACAUUGUGUGCUGGUAACAGUGCAUAUCAUGUUAGUAAAUUUAUAAGUAUCAUAUCAUUAGACCUGUACAGACCUUCAGAAUGGAUGAUGAUGAUAAACAGUCAGUACCUCCAGUUUCUACACCUAGAAAACUACUGAAGGAGCUAGCAGAGUUAAAAAAACAACGGGGUUACUUGAAGGGCCGACUAACUCAGUUUAGAAAGUACUUGGACUCAUUUCAAGUUAGUAGUCCAUCUAAACAUGAAAUAAAAGAGAUUCAGUUUAGGAUGAAAGCUACUAUGGAUCUAUACAAAAACUUUAAUAAUAUUGAAACCCAAAUUGAGUUUCUUAUUCCAGAGUCUGAAGCAGUAAACAAUUCUGAAUAUGUUGAAUCAUUUGAAGCACUGUAUUUUGAUAUUAUGGCUACUUCAGAAGGUUUAAUAGAAUGUAAUGAGACUGGUGGCAAUACUAAUAAGCCAAAAUUUAAUAAUAUUUCUAGCGAUGAAGUUCCUGAAGUCAAACUUUCUUGUUUUCCUGAUAUUAAGCUCCCAUCCUUUGAUGGAUUAUCAUUUGAUGCUUGGCUCGCGUAUAAGGACUCCUUUGUCACUAUGAUACAUGAGCAUUCAGAACUAAAUGAUAUCCAGAAGUUCUAUUACUUAAAAUCUUCACUAAGAAACAGUGCAUUGCAGGUAAUAAGUGAAUUGGAAUUCACAUCUAAUAAUUAUAAGCAUGCAUGGGAUCUGUUACAAUCUAAAUAUCAUAAUCCAAGUCUUCUGGUAAAUAAUCAUUUGAAAUCAUUAUUUUCAAUUCCUUCUAUGAAACAAGAAUCACACACAGAAAUUAGGGAAUUGAUUGACACUGUGUUAUGGAAUUUACGAGCUCUAAAUUCAUUGGAUGAGCCUACAGACUCUUGGGACACAAUAAUCAUUUAUUUAAUUGUUACAAAAUUGGAUACUGCCACAGAGCGCGACUGGAAGAAACAUAAAGGGACACUUCUUUGUGAAUAUUCUAGGAAAUUAAAGUUGGAUGAUUUAUUGUCAUUUCUCCACAAUAAAGCAGACAAGUUAGAUAUGAUAACUUCCAGUCACUCUAAGGUAUAGAAUAGUCCAUGAUUAGUAUUAAUGAAAAUAAGGAAUGGACACCAUAAAAAUAAUUUACAAUUGGUACAUGGUUAUGUAUAAACUGCAUUUAAGAGCAAAUUUACUAAUUAUAACCAUAAUAAACACUAUUCUUACUCGUCAUGUAAAGGUAGUAAUCUAAUUUAUUUAUGUUUUUAUUUUCUAAUUUUAUACUUUGAUGAGUAUUAAUGAGUCAUGUCAUAUUAUUAUAUUUAAGAAUUAAAAUUUUCAAAA